AUGAAAGAGACGGGAAACACGGUGACGGUGAGCAAUCGAAUGAAUGCAAUGCAUAUCUCAUCCGAUCAAGAAUACAUUCGAAAUCUCUACACAAGGCAUCAAGAUGCUGAACGCCUUUAUGCGGAAACGAGAACGGCUCGAAUUCGAACAGCAAUGUUUGGGGAUUGGCUGAAAAACGGAGAAGAUAAUGAGGAGAAUGAAUUACAAAGAAAUGGAGCUAAUAUUUCGCCCUCAAAGUUGAUGAUUGUUGAACGAUUGGCCGGGAAUAGUCGACAAUUGAGGGCCGCUGUUGAAGAACUUUUAUCGAUACAGAUGUCUCUUGAUGAUAUGACGGUUCAUUCGAUCAACGACCUCAUUGGCCUAAUGAGUGAUUCAGAUCCGGCAAUCGUUGUGCGAGCCGUUCAAAGGGUGUACAUUUUAUGCAAAGAAGAUCACUCAACAUCAGAAAAUGCUCAUCUUGUUGCAAAAUUGGUGGAAGUAUCGAGAUCGGAUAACAUUGCGAUCAAACGAAGUGCAAUGGGAGCUCUCGCUAAAAUCUCCGAACAUCCGACUGGAAGAAUGCAUUUAUUCAGAUCUGGUGGUCUGGUGGAGCUGAUCCGAAUGCUUUAUUGUCCCGUUGAGGUAGUUGUCCGAUAUGCGGUGGCAACCCUUCGAAAUCUUCUCGUUCAUCUCGAUUCAGUCAAAGAUCAAGCAAGGGCUCUUGGUGCUGUUGAAGCUCUUUCGCCACUACUUCUACGAACGGAUCCCCGAAUGUUGGCUCAUGUUGCCGAUUCACUCUAUUCGCUUCUUCAUGAACAUGCAAAGAGCAAACUUGAUUUCUUGUCUCUUGGUGGCCCACAAACACUCGUCGAGAUUCUCAAUCGAUACCAACAACAUCCCAAGCUAAUCUUUACCGUUGUCAGAUGUGUAAAAUCAUUGAGUGUUUGCCCGCAAAACAAAGCUGCACUCAUUUCUCUUGGUUGUCUCCAAGCUCUCUACCAAUUAUUGUGUACAUCAACCGAUUCGCGAACACAAUUGGCAAUUCUUGUCUCAAUGCGAAAUCUCAGUGAAGCUGCCACAAAUGAGGAGAAUCUUUCGCAAUUGGUAAAGCGUUUACUUCAAAUUGUUCGUUCAUCGGAUGAUGCUCAACAUGUGGCGUGUGCCUGUGGUAUUCUCUCCAAUUUGACAUGCAACAAUGUUCGCAAUAAGCAGACGGUUUGUUCGGAUGGCGGUAUCUCAUCACUGGUUGAUUGUGUUCGCCGUUUUCCCGAUGUCGAAGAAGCGACUGAACCGGCUCUUUGUGCUCUUCGACAUUGCACUGCAAGACACCCAUUUGCUGAACAAGCACAACGAGAUCUCAGAUUAUCGGGAGCUUUUGGUCAACUUGUUAUCCUUCUCUCAACACUGCGGGCACCCGUUGUAAAAGCAGCUCUGGGAGUUGUGAGAAAUUCGGCUCUUCUUCAAGAUAAUCUAAUCGAACUGACACAGGAAAUGACUCCAACUGGACAAACAGUGCUUUCUUUGGCAAUGGAAGUGUGGAUAUUGGCGAUCAACAAAUUGAGAGAGGAUCCAAACGCUGAAACAGAUGGUGUACCGAUGUGGGGAGUAGUUGAGGGAGCUGUCUCUGCUCUUCAUCAAUUGGCCACUCACAAACAGGUUUCCCAUGAUCUAAUUCACAACUCAGAUGCUCUUCAAUUGAUCUAUGAAUUGCUGAGGGAUCCAUUUGUCUCUCAAUCUGAUGAUGAGGUACUAGAACGGGAACUUCUCGGUCUUCUUUAUCAAAUCUCACAAACAAGCGAUGGAGCAAGUGCUGUAGAUCAAAGCGGGUUUGCUUCGAUUCUUUCCGAAUGUCUUCGCUCACAACAUCGAUCGGUUUCCACAUAUGCAUCCGGAGUGCUGAAACGUCUCGAAUCGGAUCGACCACCGCAAUACAGACAAGAAAUGGAUAUGGAAGCAUCAUCCGGAUGGCAAAGAGAUGGAAUGGAACCAGAAUUAUUCUCGGAAAUGUACAGACCGGGUUCGAUGGUUGGACAUCCAAUUGGCGUUGAUAAUGGUGGAUGGUAUGAUACGGAUUUG